GCUGAAAACCAAAUUACACAGGGCCAAAUUACAUAAUAUUCAACACACAUGGACUGUCAUUCCUGACUUUGCAGGAUGUACUUCAGUGCAGAAGUUUUAUUCAGGUGAUUGUCACAAACUUCUUCUGAUUUGAUGUAUUUGCAAUGAGUGCUGGAAAGUGACUAUGUACUCAAGUACUAUGAUUUUGAGGUACUUGUACUUUUCUUGACUUAUCUCUGUUUUAUGCAUUCCAGAGGGAAACCUACUUUUUUCCUUAAUUACAAUUUCCAACAGCUGUUGUGACUAGUAACCUUGCAGAUUAAGAUUUCUCAUAUGAAACGUGAUCAUCUUACUGAAUGUGAUGCUGUUGUAGCUCAAACUCUCCAGCAGUAAAUAAAGUAGUUCAGCUAGCUAAGACUGUCACAACAUGCUGCUUACACUUUAAUUCAGCUAUAACUAUAAUUCAACUAGAGGGGUACUCUGAGAGCGUAGACCUCCGCCAAGGCCAAUGUCAAACAACAUACAUCAGACUUCAGAGAAAAAGAAAAUCAUAAUAGAUGAUGCAGCUCUUCCUUGGCUCAUGCCCUCUCCACCACGUUCAGUGCAAAUCUGGUUUAGUGUUUUUUUGCGUAAUCCUGCUGACAAAUAAACUGACACGGGUGAAAACAUAACCGGAGGCAGAGAUAAUUAACACUUUCGAUGGGGCCAUUUUGCAUAAUGAGUACUUUUACUUUUCAUUUAAUACAUAACAUUUUGCUAAUAGUAAAUGUGUACAUAUGCUCAUCAUUUGGUACUUUUACUUUGUGGUUUCGCUACUUUAGCUUUGCUAUUUUCACCUUUACUUUCGUGAGUGUGUCACCACAGGAAAUAGCGAGCACACCUGUUGUUUGAAAAAUGUGACAUGUCUCAUUCAGAAGUCCUCUCCCUUCUCUGCUACUGAGCCACAUUUAUCACUGUGAGAAAGAGAUUCUCACUCGCUGAUGAUUUACAGAUGGUGUCUCCAUGGACUGCCUGUUGCUGUGUGUGCACGCAGAAGCGCGUGCAUGUUUGCAUAUAAAAAGCAUCUCCUGGAGGCUUUUUUUGGUCAUUUGAAGCCAAGAGCUGAAAGCAGCAAUAGACUAUCUGAACAACAAACGUGGGAUUAUGUUGGAUUUUAUUCUGGUGUGGGAUUUGUUGCACCUAUCCACAGCCCUCAAGGAAACCUGCUCAAUCAAAUUUCAUAGAUUCUCUGCCUUCCCUGCUCUCCAUCUUCAGCGAUGGCUGAAUGGAGUUGGGUGGUUUACACAGUACUUGAAGUACUGAUUGCUGUGGCCUGUUGCCUUGGCAAUGUCUUGGUGGUGUGUGCAGUGUGUGUUGGUAUCAGGGAUUCCCUUCGCGAGCCAACCUUCUGCUUCCUGGUUUCCUUGGCGGUGGCUGACUUCCUAGUGGGUGUGGCUGCUGUGCCCCUGGCUGUAGUAUUGGAUGGCUGGGUGAGUCUGACCCCUGACCUGUGCCUGCUUCUCAGCUGUGUCGUGCUCGUGCUGACGCAGGCCUCUGUGCUGUCACUGCUGGCUAUCGCCGUGGACCGAUACCUGCGGUUACACAUACCACUCAGAUACAAAGCCCUGGCCACACAGAGGCGCACGUGGUUGGCUGUGUCUGUGUGCUGGAUACUGUCCUGUCUACUGGGGUUCACCCCUCUGUUUGGCUGGAACAACUACUCCUCCCUGACAUCUGAUUCCACCAAUACAUCUUCCUCUUCCUUCAUCUCCACACCAUGCACCUUCCUCUCUGUUAUUUCCCUGCCCUUCAUGGUCUACUUCAACUUCCUGGGAUGUGUCAUGGCACCCCUGCUGGUCAUGACGCUCCUCUAUGUUCGAAUCUUCUGGAACCUGCAGGGCCGUCUAAAGGAGAGCUGUCCCCAAGCCCAGGCCUCUCUGCUCAGGGAGAGGAGGCUGGCCUGCUCUCUGGCUCUGGUUCUCAUUUUGUUUGCCAGCUGCUGGAUUCCUCUGCACCUGAUGAACUGUCUGCUGCUGUCUCACGGCCCUCAAGCUGUGACACGGGGGACACUCUAUACAGGUAUUCUCCUCUCUCACGCCAACUCAGCCAUCAACCCUGUGGUCUACGCCUACCGCAUUCCAAAGAUCCAGCAGGCCUACAGUCAAAUAUGGAGACGAUUUCUGUUGAGGCUAAACUGUUGCCAUGGGGACAAGCACGUUGAGCGAUCAAUAACAAGCAACCGAGCCACUCACACAGAGACGCGCGGAUCAGGAGGGAAGACCACACCCUAACAAAGCGGUACCACGGUGUUAUUUUAAAUGAAGGAUGUCUGAGGUUUGAGUUCAUGGGACACUCACGCACGAAAAUGUGACUAUCACUGUGUCCAACAACCACUUAAGGCUUUUAUCACAGAAAACCAUGUAUGCAGGCAGCUUGUGAUUGUUUGAAUUUGUAAAAUCCCCACUCGCAGCGUUUGGUUUGAAUGAAACCCUCCAGAACUCCAGGCCGUCGUGGCAUUCGGUUGCCAACCUGUGAUCUGCAAACUUUAAUCUUACUCAAAGCGAUCUCCUGUGUCUCCACUAGAGGGUGCUCGAUACCAACAAACUCAACAGCUGCUCUUGUACACAAACCAUGGCACCAUCAAAGAAGGCAGUACAUGACGAACAGACAAUUUCAAGACCUCAUUCACUGAUUUUUCGACAACUGAUUUGAGGCAAGUAGAACUUUAUUGAGAUGUACAUUUAUUAAAGCAAGUCAUGUGACAGGUGAAAUCAGUUCAACACCAAUCCUUUUGCAGCACAUAUGUACCUGAUCCUUUUUUUUAUGAUGUCGGAGAAUAAAUGUGAUUUUCAGCCUUGGGAGUGUGUUCAAUAUUGAUGAGUGUU